AUGCAGCAUAGCACUGGCCGAAAGAAGAUCAUUGACACACUCUCAUACCCCGGGCUUGCUGUCAAGGGCAUUGCAGCAGUGGGACCCACGCUUGACGUCUAUGGCCAGAUUGAUAGGUUAAUCACUCUGCACGGGGAGCUAAACGCCGGGGCCCAGGUUUCCUUUGGAAAAGCAGAGGUGUUUUGGCCUCAGGACGAAGACUCUAAAAACAAGUACGAAACUCUCGUUGGUAUCGAGAGUGACACCCAGACUCCAGCGCCAUUUAACGUCGGGCCUGUGUUCCAUGCAGGCGUUGAAGUGGAUGCCCAGCUCAACGUCAUAGUUACUCCAGAAGCAAACGUCGGUAUCAAGAUUGGCGGCAGCAAGCUAACGGGGGGAUCAACCCUCAUGAACGCUCAAUUAACGGGUUAUCUGAAAGGCAUACUGUCCUUCCAGGCACAGGGCGACUAUGAAACAGACAGCAACGCUUUCAAUUAUAGGUUAGGUGUAUACUUCAUCUACAAUAUCGGAUACAAGGCAACUGCCCAGCUUCUGAACUUCAUUGACUGGGCACUGAGUCCUCGAGAAGCCUACAAUCCAGAUAAAACUAUCAAGAUCUACGAGAAGACCGGGUCGAUCUCCAUGUCUGCAGAAGACGAGAAACGGAGCUUGUCAGAUGAACAAAACGCUACCAAUGCCAUCUCCAGUCGCAGCAAUUCGUUGUCACUGUCUAACACGCUCGUCCGCCGGGCUGAUGACACACAAGGUCCCCUGGAUCCCAAGGUCAAGGACCCCCUUUCAUGUCCGCCUUCGAGCUCUGGAGAUAUCAGAGUUCCUGAGCUUCGAUGCCUUUGCACACCGAUUCUCGGUCUGCCAGAGAACAAACGGCAGACGAGAUUUACAUGGUCUCCUGGGACUCGCAACAACUCCCUACCAAAAAAGCGUCGCAAAAUCCAGUGCCCCGGUGGAUUCUGCGAACAAGCAACGAAGAACCUGAACAAUGCAGUCGGGAGAACAGAAUUAAUGAGAGAAUUCCAGUCGAACUGGGCCAAGCUGGAGCCAGAACGAAAAGCCGACGAUCAACGUGGGGAUUACUGGGUUCCAUGGAGUACCAACAGCCGUAAGACCACUUCUAAACACAUUCUUGGACGUCUUACUGAACACAACGGGGUUCUAGCCUGGACUACACCGGGAUCGCAGGGGAAACAGGGGUACGUCCAGCGGCUCAAAGAGUACCCAACCAAGCAGCCGCUCCCAGAGGGAAUCGAAAGCGAACAACGGAACAACAACAAAGAAUCCUGGGUCUUCAAGCGCGACUACGACGCCACAUGGAUCCAAAAAGACCCUGUCGAAGCAAGCGACUGGUGGUCUGCCACCAGCUUCCGAUACCAGGACUCGACAUAUGGAAGUGUGGGUGGAGCGAAAGGGGUCAUCUGUGCCAUCAACCAUUUCGCGCAGGAUGAGGUGUACAGACUUCCUGGUUAUACGAAUAAUAAACCGUGGAAUGGAUACUGCUGGACCGAUCGCCAGCACCCGGCCACCACUUACAGUAACAAAGGAACCUAUAACUGGUGCCUCGUCGAGUAUGCGGCUGUGGAUGGGGAUGGGGAUGGGGAUACCAAUAUGAGUAACACCAAGCGCGAUUGGGAGGUUAAGAGAGUGACAAUAUUGGAUGAAGUGGACGGCAAUUUCUUGGACACUGGUGAGGAUCACGACAGCCCAGCGACCGUACAACUAGGGCCAAUGAAACAGUCGAUAUCCCUUGGUCCAGGAAGCAAUCGCAUUGGCCUAAGCUCCAGCACCACCGAGCCAGGCAGAGACCCGACCGAGUACCUCCGGCGGCUCGCCAUUACCGACUCAGUGCUCCUGAACAGAUUAUACCAUGCGACGACCCUGCGCGACGGAGGCGCUUCUUUGGAGAGCCCCGAGCUGACUGCUUUUCUCACGAAGCUUUUCAAGUCCGGUUUUGGGGCGAUUAGAGCAACACGAAUCGCGCGACCAAUCCGAGACCCGACGGUACGGUAG